AUGCAUCCACGGUAUGGUGAUUUUGGGGGUAAAGGAAAUACGGUUCCGGCCUCCCACUGUGCCAUUCCUGACCGCUUGUCCCAGAAAAGUGGCAACCCAGUGGCGGUGAAGAUAUACGAGGGUUUCCGGUCCAUGAACAAGGAUAGGAAGGCGGUCAUCGUUCGGGAGAUUCGAGUUAUGCGGCGGCUCUCCCAUGAGUCGAUUGUGAAAUAUGCGGGCAUCUACAACGAGGCCAAAGCACUCUACGUCCUCAUGCAGUUUCUGAAUGGGGGAUCUCUGCACACACUCGUGAAGAACCAUGAGCAUGGCAAGCUCAGUGAGGAGACAGCCAGAAACCUCUUCAAACAGAUUUGCAAUGCGGUGAACCACAUGCACGCCAGGAGCAUUGUCCAUCGCGAUCUGAAGCUGGAGAAUAUUUUGCUCGAUAGCACAGGCCGCAUCAAAGUGAUCGACUUUGGCUUCUCCUCUAUUGUCAAACACGAUGCCCGCUGCCGCAUGCGCUGCGGGACGCCCUCAUACAUGCCUCCGGAAAUCCUGUUAAAAAAGGAAUACGACGGUUUUGCCGCCGACAUCUGGUCUCUCGGGGUCGUUCUAUACGCAAUGCUGCAUGGCGGAUACCCGUUCAGGGGGAAUGGCCUCAAAGAUCUUUACGCCAAGAUUCUCCAAGGGGAUUUUCCACUGAGCAUGCAUCUCUCCGACGCCGCCCAACAGCUCUUGUGUGGCAUGCUCACGCUUCAACCUGUCGACCGUCUAACAAUCGAGGAGAUUCUCUGUCACCCCUGCGCACUCUAUCGGGCAAAGUGGUUAUCAGGUGAUUCGUUCUGGGCUCCUGGCUAG